GCAGCAGCACCAGUCUUGUAUGUGGAUCAUUGGCAGUAGGACAGCAGCAGCAGCAGCAGGAGGAGAUACAUCCUAGACCAAACUGCCUGAGCAACAUGGUCGUUUUGCGAAUUGUCGCUUGCCUGUGCCUGCUGGUGGGCUUCUCGCUCCAGGUGGAGGUGAAAAGUGGGAAAGAGGCAGGAAAAGCCGGGAAUUUCAUGGAAGAUGAGCAAUGGCUGUCAACCAUCUCCCAGUACAGCCGUAAGAUCAAACACUGGAAUCGCUUCAGAGACGAUGACUACAUCAAAAACACGGAGGAGAACAUGGGGUCUGACGAAACCGUGGACACCACCAAGGACCCGUGCCAGAAUGUGAAAUGCAGCCGCCAUAAGGUGUGCGUUGCUCAGGGCUACCAGAGGGCCAUGUGUGUCAAUCGCAAGAAACUGGAGCACAGAGUCAAACAGUCAGGGCAGCUGGAGGCCCAUGAAAGCACCUGCAAGCCUUGUCCUGUUACUGCCUCCUCACCUGUAUGUGGCUCUGAUGGACACAACUACGCCUCUGAGUGUAAGCUGGAACAGCAGGCCUGCCUAACAGGCAAAGAGCUGGGCAUCAUGUGCGCUGGCUUUUGCCCCUGUGCCACAGCAUCAAUGACCGUCACAAAUACCGACACAAAACGUGAGAGCUGCACUGGCCAGGACCUGGCAGACCUGGGUGACCGCCUGAGAGACUGGUUCCAACUCCUUCAUGGAAACGCGAAGCAGAAUAACUCUGGCAAGCUUGGAGCUGGCAGCGCUUCAGCGCUGGACAAGAGCCUUGUAGCCAGCUGCAAGGACUCCAUCGGCUGGAUGUUUUCAAAGCUGGACACAAACAGUGACCUGUAUCUGGACCAGGCUGAGCUGACCGCCAUCAACCUGGACAAGUAUGAGGUCUGCAUCCGACCCUUCUUCAACUCCUGCGACAGCUACAAGGAUGGGAAGGUCUCUACAGCAGAGUGGUGCCUCUGCUUCUGGAGAGAAAAGCCGCCGUGCCUCGCUGAGCUGGAGAGGAUCCAAGUGCAGGAGGCGGCCAAGAAGAAGCCUGGGAUAUACAUUCCCAGCUGCGAUGAGGAUGGCUACUACAGGAAAGUGCAGUGUGACCAGAGCAGAGGGGAGUGCUGGUGCGUGGACCAGCAUGGUGGAGAGAUGAUGGGCAGCAGAAUCCAUGGCAACCCCGACUGCGAUGAAGUGGCAGGAUAUUCUGGAGAUUUUGGGAGUGGAGUGGGAUGGGAGGAUGAAGAGGAGAAGGAGGUAGAGGACAACGGAGAGGAGGCGGAAGAGGAGGAAGAGGAGGAGGGUGAGGCGGACGAUGGCGGAUACAUUUGGUAGAACUGUCUGACCCCAUGCCGAGAGCCGAGUCACAGCUGCUGGCCUAAAAAUCUACAGGGAUAGCUCUCUCCUUACGGCAAAAGAUUUUUGGGAUCGGACUUGGGAGGCAUGGAAUUGUGUUUCAUCCUGGUGGGAUAUGUGGUGCUGGUCCAGGGAUGAGACGAUGUCCAGUUUUUGUCUUAGAUAUGUGUAAUUGCUUCAUUCUCCUCUCUGUUUUUUGAGCAACGGAGCUUUUUGUUUUGCCGUCCUGAAAAGCGGGACCCACUGACUACUGCGCCAUAGGUAGCUAAAGUCCAUCAGAGUUCCUAUCUUGUCCGACCGCCAUCUAUGCAUAUAGAGAUUACCAGUAAUUUUGUAUUGUGUGAACAAUUGCUUGAGUAUUAGAGCCGUCGUCUCACUGGAAUGACCAGAGAUCAGAACAGUUAAACAUUUUUGGGAAAUACGCUUAUUUCUUUCCCAGAGUUUUAUGACUCGACACCACUCUCGUGUUAAAUAUGAUGCUAGAGCUAGGUGAUGGUUAGCUUAGCUUAGCAUAAAGAUUGGAAACUGAGGGAAACAGCUGUUUUGCUCUGUUUAAAGGUAAAAAAAAAUCUCACUAAUCUCGUGUUUGUUUAAUCCUCACAAGUUUAAACAAACGGGAGGUAGCGACUAGCUGGUGAACAUAGUGGAGCAUUCAAUGUUAACUGCUAAAUGUUUCCCUCAGGAGUUGGUGGAGACCAAAAAUAGAGCAAAAAGAGAGUUAGUAUUGACUUACAUUUAUUUUGUGGACAGAAAAAAUUAUUCCAAAUGAAUGCUUAUGUUUGAUAAUAAGUCCAACAUAUCAACUUAAAAUGUGAUGAUACUGUAUGUGUUCAUACAAGUGGUCAAAGAAAUUUCUUAUUGCUGCUUUGAGUUAAGCUAAUCUCGGAGUGAUAGCAAAUAAGUGUAUUUCCCCAAGUGUUGAACUGUUCCUUUAAAGCAGUUCAGUGCAAUGUGGUUAUGUAUUUCCAAACUGAUUCUGUAUAUAAAUGCAGUGUAAAUGAUCUGUGAAGCAAGCUUAGAGGAUUUCAGGUCACUACGGUUUCAAGCUACCUUUAUGAUAAAGGUGCGCCACAGCACGCAGCAGUUUUUAAAUUGUACAUGCUUUAGUGGAUAAACACAACUAUACAGGACCUACAUUUCCAGUUGAAUUACUUUUAUUGAAAACAUUGUAGAAUGUACUUUAAUGACCCAAAUUGCACCUACAGUAGAAAUCACUAGUUGCUCUCCUCUGCUAACUCUGAAAUCAUGUCAAAGAAUGUGCCACAACUAUGUUUUAUUAUUACUUUGCAACAUGAAAAACUGUAUUUUGUGUUUAUAUAUAUAUAAAAAAAAAGUGUGCAUUACUUGAAGUUCUGUGUGUAUACUUGAAUUCACAUUGUAAUUUUUUUCUAUGAGGAUAUUGUUGCCAUGUGUUCAUCCAUGCUAUUGGUAGGCCAAACAUUUGGUUGUUUUUAGUAUUGCAUGUUAGUGAAUAAGAAUGUACUUCUAGGCUGAGCACUUUACUAAUAAAGGCACUGGAGCCAA